AUGGCGAUCGUCGAAGCUGUACCUGAUGAGCCCAGCACUCCGUCAUCCACGCGCCAGCGCCGAAAACCCCAGUCCAACACCAUUCCGCUCGUUCACCCCUCUACCCUCCCCUCAUCAUCUGCCGCCCCGCUCAUCCCGCCAUCUCCUGACGGAGAGUAUCGUCAGGCCUCGCCGACCCCGUCCGAGAUCGAUGAACUCUUACGCGCCGGAGGGGUCGUACCUGAGCCUGCAGAUGAGAGGGAGCGGGAUAUCUGGGAUGAGGUGUUCGAUACGGCUAUCCUGACCAUUCCGUUUUCGUUCUUAUAUCUUCUGCUAGAUAUAUUGGUGUAUAUGCAGUACUCGUUCAAGCCAAAGACGGCAGAUAUCGUGGCUCACAUGGCCAGAGCUGUACCGACAUUGGCGAUGAUCACCUGGUAUACGUCAAAAUACUCUACGCACUUCGCCACCAAUCCACUCCUGAUGACCGCCUCCCUCUUCACAGGCUGCCGUCUCAUCUGGCUUCUCAACAAAGCGAGCUGGGGCGUCGUCACUGCUCAGGCCAGCUUGCCACCUUUCACCAAGGCUCCGGCAAUGGGAGCAGUAUGGACGUUGACGAUCGUACAACUACCGCUAAGCCGAGCUGUACUGUGUCUGUUCGGCGUGGCGGCAUGGUGUUGGUGCACAGGAAUGAAGUUACAAACAUGA